UUAAACUCAUUUUAUGUACAGGAAUUCAUUCCUUACGCUGAGCCAUUGCAUUGACACCAUGGAGGACAUCGUAAUGGCGGAUGUGGACGACACUGUGAUUGUUCAACGAGGUUUGGAUGAUGAUAUGGACAUUUCAGACGAUGUCAGCUUCCAUGGUGACAAUCGUGAGAAAUUACGUCUUAAUGCACUUGGUGCGCUGGCGGGAAAGAACUGUGCUCCUCCUUAUCCUCAAGCCAGCACUUAUCCAGGAACUCCAUUCUCUGAAUCUGUCAAAUUCAAUACGACAUAUCGUUCUCAAAACCAAAACCAAACACAACCCUUAUACAAUCCCCACGAAAGGAAGCUUUCAGGCCGAAAGCUCUCCGAAACAGUCGAGGAGUUCCUCGCUCGUCUCCCACCUAGCAGCACCCAAUCCAGUACUCAUUCUCCAUGGAUAUGGAUUGCGAACCCAUAUGCGGCUCAUCGUCCUGUGGCCGAAGACUUGGCGGGAUUAAUGUCUGCGGGAGAAAGCAUUCUGUCAAAGUGGGCGGGAAAGAAGGCGACUAUUGAGAACGAACUGCAAAAGGAAGGAAAAAUGGUCGCGGCCAUAUCCAGAACGAUUAAUAUCGAGAAGAAGAGCGUCGAAGAGGAGUUGCAGAAUUUGGCAAAGGAAAAGAAAUCUACCAUUGGCAAAUGGAUGCUCUUUCCAGAAACUUCAAUCGAUCGCAUCUGGGCAAUAGUUGCGACUGCCACUGCGGCGGGUCAGCUGGGUAUCGAUGCAAAAAUCGCUACAGCAGAUGGUGGUACUGGGGGCAUUGCAUCCACGACUCGGCCCCGUCUGAUUUGCAUAUACACAUACGACUUCUCGGAUACCCAGGACGUGCUGCGCGUUCUUCUCAGACUUGUGGAGUUGGAGCUGGUGGGGAACAGUGGCGGUCGCGGCGACGGUGGAAUCUAUUAUAAAUCCGACGCAUAUACAUAUCUCGGCAUCACUUCUGGAAAUCCAUGGGGACUCAAAGCGAGCAUGUAUUCAUCACGGGACAUGCUGGCGUCCGCGCAGGUGAGGAGGAGGAAUGAGAACCUGUGGGGUGGAGUUUAGGUCAUGAGGAUUCCCUGCCGGCGUAUUGCAAAUCCAUUUAUUUCCUCACACCGUUGGAAGAGGAGGCAGCUGCAUACCCUAUAGGGUUGCAUACUAUGCAUACAUUAUGCAGAAUAGCUGGCUUGUGUUAAGCACGUGGCGUUGCCUACGAACUAAACAAGCCUGCUUUGAUGAUUUACGAGGAAAUUUACGAGACAACUUACGAGAC